GCAAUUUCAUUCCUUUUGCCGCACAGCACCAUCAGUUCACUACCAUUUUACCGACGUGUGUGGUGAUUGCUUAUUAUAUUUCGAAUUAUUUGUUGUAAUUUUUAAUAUUUUGUAAAUUUUUACUUUUCUAUAAAAAUUAUCAAGAUGGUUUUCCAGAAAAAAGCUACUACUCCUGCAAAAAAUUUCCAGCCUAAGAAAAAAGGCAAGAAACAAGUUGAAGAAGCUGAUGAUGAUUCUGAUAUGUUCAAUGACAUGGAUGAUUCUGAUGAUUAUGAAGACGACAGUGAUGAUAACAUGCCUGUACAGAAGACUCCUCAAAACAAAACUCCUAAGGGGAGACAGUCUCUGAGUGAAAAGAAAGUUACAUUUGAUAUGUCUUCAAAAAAUACCCCUGGCAAGACACCAAAUAAGAAUAAUUCUUUAGUUGGAAAGAAAACUCCAACACCAGCCAAAGGAAAAGGUGGCUUGCAGGAGUUCAAAGGAAUUAAAGGUGGCAAACCUCAGCAGAAAAAAGGUGGAGCAGAAGAAGAAGAUGAUGAUGAUGAUGACGACGACGAUGAUGAUGAUGAAGAAGACGAUCUAGAUCUAGAAAUGGAUGAAGAGGAUGAUGACGCUGAAGAUGAUGAGGAUGACGACGACGACGAUGAUGAUGAUGAAGAGGAUGACGACGAUGAUGAUGAUGAGGAAGAAGAGCAAAAGCCAAAAAUGAAACAGGCUAAUAAAGGCAAAAAUAAUGUGGAACAAAAUAAACAGAAGACCCCUGUCAAAAAUGAAAAUUCAAAAAUUCAGACACCAAAAGCAAAGACCCCUGUCAAAAAUGAAGUAAAAAAAGAAGCAGCCAGCCCAUCAAAUGCUGAAACACAGUCUAUUGAAAUACAGAGAAGAAGAGAAAGAGAUGCAAAAAUGCUUUAUGUUGGUGGCCUACCUACUGAUGUAACCACUGAAGAACUACAAGCAUUGUCUCCUGAUAUUAAAAAUGUUAUCAUACCAAAAUCAAAUCGUAAAAAUGUUAGACAUGCAUUUGGAUUCUUGUGCUUCGCUUCAGAAGCGAAAGCUGAAGCAAAUUAUAAGACACUGCAAAAUAAAAAAUUUAGAGGCCAGUUAUUGAAUAUUGAUUUUGUUGGUGAAAAAAGUAAGAAGAAACCUACUACUUUGGAACCGAAGAUUAACGAAAGAAAAUUGUAUGUAACUGGAAUUCCUAUUGAUGCUACAGUAGCCCAAGUGGCUGAGUUCUUUCCUAAGGCUUAUCAAGUCACCUUCAACAAAUCACCAUCAUUUAGGUCUGCAUCUAUAAACUUUGAAAAAAUUGAAGAUGCUAAUGAAGCUUUCAAAGCCAACAAAAAUGUUGAAAUUAAUGGGCAAAAAUUGAUUGUAGUACAUUCCACCGUAAGCACGAUGAAUAAGAAGCAAAAGAAGAGGAAGCCCCACAAGAAUAGCAAUGCCAAACAGGGAGGUAAUCCAGCAAAGAAAAUGAAACUCGCCAAAGAGGCAAAAGAGAGUAGUGACGAAGAGUAGGACAUAGGAUUUUAACUUCAUGAGCAAUUAUGAAUUUGCAUCAUAAUGCUUUGUAUUAUAUAUGUAUGUUCAUAUUCAUUAAACUGUUUCUUAUCUAA